AUGUCUAUGCAAGCGUGUUCUCUAUCGUCAUACCGCGUACUCGAAUCUCCGCUAACGAUCCUCACAGAAUAUGCUUAUUUCUUCUUCUAUUCCUUCGUCCGCACGUCCUACAUGAAGCGACUAUCCACACGGCUGCCUAGGGGCUCGAAAGCUCCGCCGCUCUCAACCGCUGCGGAACUGAUUCUUGGCGCAGUCGCAGGCGCGCUUGCCCAGAUAUUCACCAUUCCUGUAUCAGUCAUUGCCACGAGACAGCAGAUUGGACCAUCGUUGAAACGACCCCGAAAAAGCGAUGUACGACUCGACCAAAACGACACGGAUGUAGAGAAGGGGAAGAUUGAAGAUGUGCACGACGACUCAUUCUUUGGGGUCGCGCGUGAGAUCAUCGAGGAGGAGGGCGUUGGCGGCCUUUGGCUGGGUAUCAAGCCGGGGCUAGUACUGACGGUCAACCCUGCCAUCACAUAUGGUGCGUAUGAACGAGUGAAAGGCGUUCUUCUCCUCGCGCAGGAGAAGACGUCGGGAGCAAGUGGUUCUGUGAAGCUCAGUCCCUGGACUGCAUUCGUCCUUGGCGCUUUGAGUAAGACACUUGCCACUGUUGUCACAUAUCCAUACAUCAUGGCGAAAGUACGAAUCCAAGCUCGCACAGCGGACAGCGACGAAGUGAAAGGAGAUCACCCACCAUCUGCUAAAUCUACAUACCAUCAUGCUCAUAGUAAACAUGUGGGCGCGUUGAAUAUCCUCGCCAGGGUAUGGCGCCAGCAAGGUUUCUUGGGAUGGUAUCAGGGCAUGGGCGCCCAGAUAACAAAGGCGGUGCUUUCUCAGGCACUACUCUUCAUGUCCAAGGAUCAAUUUGAACAUUGGGCUCUCGCGAUAAUGGUCUUAUUCUGGAGGCUACGGCGGACAAAGGCGUAG